AUGACUGAAGUAUCAUAUUUCGAAGAAACAUCUAGCUAUCACACAGAUGCUAUCUGUAAUAAUAAAAUAGAAAGUGCAGAAUUAUCUUUAACUGCAGAAGAAAAUUUCAAAAGAAAAUAUAACAUGUUCAAAAAUAUUUUCUCAAGAAAAAAUAUUCUGAAAUUUGGAAUAAUGACAGGAGAAGAAGCAAUUCCCAUUGAUUCUACUCAUGGAAAUAUAGUUAUAUCUACUAUAGAUACAACUCAACUUAAAGAAAGAAUUAAAACCUUUUCAGAAAAUGAAAGAUCUAAAAUUGGUUAUAUUCAUAUAUCAACCAUUCAGAUUUUAAUUAAAAGUACUUUUAUGAAAGGUAUUAAUUCACCUCUAGAAAUAGCUUUAAAAGACUCUAGAAUUCUAGACACAGAUCAAGCAACAAUUGCAAAAGGAAAUUGCAAUCUAAAAUAUGGUAAAAUCAAAUUUGAUAUAAAUUUACAAAUUGGUUUAUCCCUAAAAGAUAAGGAUCUUGAUAGAUCUAUAGUUUUUCAUUAUAAAAUGAAAAACAAAAAUUUUAUGAAAAAAGGUAAUCACCCCUUUACCAUUUACUAUAGAAUUAACUAUGCCUUGAGUAAUUCACAUCAUAGUAUAGAAUUCAAAGGAAAAGACACAAUUCAUAUUGACGAAUUGUUUGCACCUAUAGUGACUCUAAAGUCACCUAUAUUCAGAAGCCUAGCAAGGAAUAGUUGUUCUUUAAUAGAAGCUGACAGAGAUCUGUUUGAGGAAACAGAAGACAAAUCGUUAUUUAGAAGCAAAAGCCUUAGAAUAACACCACCCAAAAGAGAUUUUUAUAUCUCAGAACAAAAAGAGCUAAGUAAGCUACAUAGUUCAAUAGAAGGACUAUCCUUACAAGUCCAAAAUUUAGAUAGAAAAAUCUAAGAGAUGCCUGGAGCAACUUGGGCAUACAUUUUAGAAUUAGAGUUAAGAGAAUACCAAAAAACUCUAAAAAUGAUUCUAGAAAGAGACCCCACACAUAUCUACGGAUUCUAUGAUGUGGUUAAGUAUAAUAUAGAGCGCCUUGAAGGCACUAUAGAAUGGGCAUCACAAACCCAAACAUAUGAUGAAGACGACAUUAGAAGUUUUCAAAAAUGUCUCCAAAGAGACUUAAAUCUCUCAAGGAUUCAAAAGACCCUCGAAAGAUUACCUUCCGCAAAUGCAGCUACCAAGCAAGAAAAAUCUGGUAUCAGAGCGUAACAUCCAUCCAAGGUUUAAAAAUAAAAAGAAAAAUCUUUUUAAAAACAGUUUGGUCAAGAACCGAUUUAAAAGAAAAUCUUUUAAAAACGGUUUUGUCAAGAACCAAUUUAAAAGAACAACAUUUGCUGAAAGUUACUUAACUUUCCCGCCACAAAGUCAGAGAAAAG